CAGCGGCUGGUCAGAGGGAGUGACAAAAAUACAAAAUGUUUCGUCCUGACACACUCGUCUUACCUGUCCAUCUGGGUGUUGGACACACCUCUUUCCUCUCUUUCCGUCUUGAACUAUUAUUCAUAACACUCCUUUCUUUUGCAAGAUUUCAUAAAUCAAGAAAAGAUUUAGAGAGGAGAGAUGAAAAACAUGGGGAGCUGAAUGACGGACUGAAAUAAAUACUGGAAUGGACUAACAUGAGGAUAUACAUGAAGGAUCUGUGGAAUUAUCCAGCAUGGGUGAAAGUUGAGCGUCUAGAGUGAGUCUGCUUUAUUGUGUAGCCUACAUCUUGCCUCUAUCUGUGAGUUGACUACUCAUGUGUGCAAAUGUGGUAUAGAGCCCAAUGGAGGAGAUGAACCCUGUUUCAGACACUCAUGCCUUACUGGAAUCUAUGCUUCAGAAAUUACAGCUAAACACAACAACCAACAGUAGCUCACAUGCUGAUAUGCAAACAUGUAGUAUGUACGAAACAGGGGAGGAUUCAUCAAAAACAACAGUUUAUCCGUUUGGAUUUUCUUCCAAAAGUAAAGAGCGAGAUGGAAGCACCUCAGUUUGGAAUAAGAGGGAGAAUCCAUGGACUCAACAAUCUUCUCAUUUUGAGGGUGCAUUGACUCCGCAACCCGUCAAAAGGAUCAGUAAACACAACUCGGCAUUCUCUACUAAACCAAAACGGCCACCAUUAAUUUGGGGCGAACACACACGCUUUACGUCAGAGAGGACCGAUGAUGUCACUUCCUGGGUCGGAGACAACCAGAUGCCCAGGCCAGAGAAGUUGCAACAAUUUUCUCUGGAAGGGAACACCAGCUCAAAUGUGCCACCGUCAUACAAAACAGAAUCCUUCCAAAACCCCCCUGACCUUCUGGCUCCCACACUGACACCAUCAUCUUCAGUGGUGGAAAAACCAGAGGUCAAGGGUCAAAGUGGCACAUGGAGCUGGGUUGCUUCGAAUGAGAAAAUUGAAGGCACCAGACAUCACGAGCAAUCAGGAAAAACGACAAAAACAAGUAGGAAGAAGUGGGGGGGAGCUAAAAGGUGGGCUCAGAAUGUGAAAGAGAGAUGGAGAGAGAGACACCGAAGCACAAUGACCAGACAAAGAGAUGAUGGAGAAAGACUAGCGCAGGAUGAAGUACAAAGUAAUUUCUCGUCAUUAUCGGAUCCCAUCUAUGUGAACAACACACCUACGGCACCCACUGAGGCUACAGAUAUCCACCAUGAACCGAUCAACAGAACACUGGAUGAAGAUGGCCCUGCCUUACUAAGCUACAUGAGCACUACUUCGAAUUUAAUGGAGGAGAUCUUCAGCGGGACAGAGUGGGCUCAGUUUUUCUCAAUUUGCAGCACCAUGCAGGACCAAUCAAAUGAGCCACAAAUCAAUAUCAACCAAUCACGUGAAGAACAACAGAAAAGUAAAUGGACUCACAAUUACCCAACCGAUACUAAACCUGUUUACAACCAAACCAAGAUGUCCCAGAUGAGUGUUCCUUCAUCAUAUGUUACUGAUCUCACCAAAAAUACAUUACAAACUUCUGACCCGUUUACAAACGUGUUACAAAACGGCAAUCUGAAACUCAGUAAAUCUCACCACAGUAAGCAAUCAAACGAACAAUCACAGUUUUCCCAGCUUGAUCCGAACAAAUCAAAGGAAACUGACCAUAGUGAUCCACAACUGAUGUCUAGUCAAGUACCUGAACCCAACCGAGGUGGGACGGAGGAUUUCAUACCUCUCUUGGACUUUUCACUCAUUAAGCCAAUGGCCAGAUCGUCCAUAAAAUCCUAUGGAUCUAUAAGCCGUAAAAGAGAGCAUUGGACAAAGAGGAGAGAUCCAUUUGAACACACAACACAAGACAUGGAGGACGAGGACCAGAGCAGCUCUUUAAUGGCCACAGAGACUUCAGACUCACCCACGUCUUCACUCAACUCGCUGAUGGACUCCAUCUCAGUGUCUUCUGUAUCUUUGGAGACUGCGGUCAAAAAGAGGAGGAUGGAAGGCACUCAACGACGCGUUCGAUUCUCUGAGGAGGUCACCAUCUUAACACCCACCUACUUGCCAGAGAAUGAUGAUGACGAUGAUGAAGAUGAUGAUACUGAUUGCCCUGAGGAGCCUUCUCCCCGGCCUUCAUUUCCUAAGUGGAAUAUGUCUUUAAAAAGCAAAAGUGCGAAGUACAAAUUUUAACUCCCUUUGCAUCUGACUCCAGUUCACAAACUGUAAGACUGGCGAGACAGCACAAAUAACAGACAAUUAUGAUUAAUACAUUUAUUAUGGAAAAAAAAAAUCAUUUUAAUGUGAUAUGCCAAUGCUAUAUUGAUAUGCCAUUCAAUUCAAUUUUAAAAUAAAAGUGAAAUGUAAUAAAAAUAACAAUAGAAUUAUUUUUUAAGAUUAACAUUACUUACAAUCUCCAAGUCAACAGAUUGAUAAUCCAGCUGAUUUAGACUAAUAUUUCACACUAACCACACAAAAUAUCCAUGAAUCCUAAAUGCAUUUUUAGCUUCUAAGGCAUAUGAAGUGUAUAUACUGUACAUUUUAUUAUUUUUUAUCUGUUACUUAAUGAAUAAAUUACUGUUCUUUGUUUGUCAUUUCAUUUGUUGCUGCUUAAAUAUUGUAUACUACCAGUCAAGUAAAAACAAAAGUUGAAGAAGUGAAACAAAAAGGUAUAGAGGUUUCAAUUUUAUGAAUAUUUUUGAUGAAUAAUUUAUCCAAUUGGCUCUAUAAAAAGCAGAAGCAGAAAACAGGAAUAAAGCGAGCAUUUUCUUUAUAGGCCAAACCAGAGAAAAUGG